AUGCGCACACCGGGCGGCAGGGUGUCUGCCUGGGGGCUGUGCGGGGCUACCUCGGCGGUGUCCGUGUCGGUGUUGGUUCCAGCGUCAGUUCCGAUGUCGGUUCUGGUGCUGGUGGCGGUGCCGGUGCCGGUGUUGGUGCCGGUGCUGGGCCGGGAAGGGCCGUUCCCUCUCAUCCUGCUGCCGCAAUUUGGGGGCUACUGGAUCGAGGGCACCAACCACCAGCUCAGCGGGACACCCGUCCCCAGCCCCCCGCCAACACCCGCCACUCGCGCCAAGCUCGAGUGCAACCACACGGCCAAGAUCUACCGCAAGCAUUUCCUGGGCAAAGAGCACUUCAACUACUACUCCCUGGACGCCGCCCUGGGCCACCUCGUCUUCUCCCUCAAAUACGACGAGCAGGAGCACCUCCACCUGCUGCUGCGGUGA